AGAAAUUUCUUCCACAGGUUUUUUUUCUCUGUAAGCUUAAGACGAAACUAUGGAUGAUUCAGAGUUGAAUGCCAUCAGGCAAGCCCGGUUGGCUGAGCUUCAAAAGAACACAUCACAGCAACAGCCAACGAAUCCCCAGGCGGAAAUGAAGGUUAAUAUGUUGAAUCAAGCAUUAGAUGUGAAUGCCAGAGAAAGACUCAGUAGAGUCAGAAUCGUCAGACCAGAUAGAGCUGAGGCAGUGGAAAACUACGUGGUGAAGUUGAUUUCCAUGGGAUCAUUGACAAAGAAACUCACCGAACAAGAAGUGGUGGGGAUUCUCAAUAGCUUGGCAAGAGACGAGAAGAAGAAGGAUGCGAAAAUCAUCUUCAACAGAAGACAACUAAGUGAUGAAGAAGACGACGAUGACUUCUUUGAUUAGAUGGACUGUAUAAGAGUUCAUGCUGGAUUUAUAGAGCUUUGAGUUCUAGGUUUCAUGGGUACCAUAUAUUACUGUGAUCUAAGCACCCUCUGUCUUCUUAUACUGAGACAGUAGUUCUGAAGGAGAUGAGGAAUUGAUAUUUAUAUGAACUCAAGGUGGUCAACUGGCUACUCCUGAGUGGAACACUACUCCACUCAAAAUUAAUGUAUUUCUUUACGUACAUACUUCAAAAUGUAGAGUUCUCUACCGGUUUUGAUAAUCAAGCGCGAUUCGAUUUGAUUUUUCCAUAAACAAAACAAACCAGUUUGAACACAAUUAUUAUGUCCAACAUACAAGUGGUGGUUCGAUGCCGAGAGAGAAACCAGCGGGAAGUCAAAGCCAAGUCCCAGGUUGUGGUGGAAUUGGCGUCUGAGCAGUACUCUAUAUCUCAACCAACUAUAACUAUCAAUCCAUGUCAAAAUAGCCAAAUAUCGCAAAAGAUUCUCAACUCAUUAGACUCCAAGACAUAUACAUUUGACCAAGUUUAUGGUCCUCUUGCCGACCAAGAGUUGGUGUUUAAGAAGGCUGUGAAUCCGAUUUUCAAGGAAUUUUUGAACGGGUUUAAUGUGUCUAUUCUAGCAUAUGGUCAAACGGGCACUGGGAAAACAUACACCAUGUGUGGUAAAACCGAAAUACAUAACAAGACUCCCAUUGAGAUAGAUAAACAUUCGGGAAUAAUUCCUCGGGUUCUUUGUGAGUUAUUUUCCCAUUUGAACUCCAACAAUGACGAUUACUUCAUUAAGUGUUCCUUUAUUGAGUUGUAUAAUGAGAAUUUGAGAGAUCUACUAAACGAUGAUGUUGAUGAUUCAAAUUUCGGUACUAACCCAGGAGCAAGCUCCAAUAACAAAAAAGGAUUGAAGAUCUUCGAGAACAGAAAUGGAAACUCGGGAAUUUACAUCCAAAACUUGACGGAAGUCAAUAUCAAUAGUUUGAACUCUGGGUUCAGGUUAUUGAAUAAAGGAAUAAACAAGAGAAAGGUAGCCAGCACAAAACUCAAUGAUUUCUCUUCGAGAUCCCACACGGUCUUCACCAUUAAUUUAUACAAAAAGGAUCCCAACGAUAGCGAAACAAUCAAACACUCGAAGAUUAACUUGGUUGAUUUAGCUGGUUCUGAGAAUGUCAGCAAAUCGGGCUCUAUAAAUCAAAGAGCAAAAGAAGCAGGCUCCAUCAACCAGAGUUUGUUGACAUUGGGCAGGGUGAUAACCUCGUUGAGUGAAAAAUCAUUGCAUGGGAAUGAUGUCAACUUGAAUCACAUACCUUACAGAGAAUCUAAAUUAACGAGGUUAUUACAAGACUCUAUUGGAGGAAAGACUAAGACUUUAUUAAUAUCCACUAUUUCACCUGCAAAAAUCAACCUCGAAGAGACUUUAUCCACCUUAGACUAUUCAUUGAAGGUCAAAAAUAUUGAAAACAAACCGCAGUUGGGACAAGACUUUGAUUUGAUCAUGAAACAAAUUUUGAUCAAGGAUUUAUCGAAUGAAAUAAUAAAAUUAAACAAAGACUUGAUAUCUACACGAUCCAGAAAUGGUAUUUAUAUGGAUGAGAACAACUAUAAUAGUCUAUUGGAAGAAAACGCUUCCAACAAGAAUGAAUUGACUGAAUUGAAGCUGAAAGCAAGGAUACUCAGUUCGAAGGUACAAAAACUUGAAGAUGAAAUAAAAUUCAAAGAAAUUGAAGAGGCUUCCCUCAAACAUCUGGACUCCGAAGACUGCUUGAAUUUGAUAAGAUCGAUAACAAAUAGUUUGGCCUUGAUGAAAGCAAAUUUCAACAACAACUUCAACCAAAUAUCCGAAGAUAUUGAUGAGUCUCUCAAAAGCUUGCCCAAUAUUCUCAAUGAUCUUAUGAAGAACUUGAGCAACGAUGAGCUCUUUAACAAGUUUAAAAACAAUCAAAAUGAAUUAAACAACAAGUUGAAAAACCUCAACGACCAAUUCCAGAACCAUUUGGUCAGCUAUUACAAUGACUUGGAUGUUUCGGGAAUGAUCGAACAAUUCUUCAAAGAAUCUGUGGAAAAUCAGGUCAAGGAGUUGCAACAAUCAUUCAUGUUGGAUUUGAAUAAGGUAUUCAACUCUCAACAUUCAAGUUUGAACAGCUUGUACAAGGAUUCAUUCAAUAAAUUUACAAACACCCUAAUUUCCGGCAGCUUCAAUAAUGUUCAGCAGGAAUCUAAGAACUGGAAUAGCCAUUCUAACGAAGUUUACAAGAAAAUCACUCUGAACAUGAGCGAUUAUCAAUCGAACAUAAAGAAUUCCCAUAUUUUCAAUCAGGAUAGGUUGCUCAAUGCUUCGACCAACGUGAAAAAUAGCUUGACUAACUGCAUCAACCCUACCUUGGAUGCCUUCACCAAAGGAUUUACAAAUGAUGUCAAUAAGUUAAUGAAUGAAACACCCAAGAUUCAUAACAUGGUAAAUUCCAGCAUCGGUCAUCUUACCUCCAACAACGACAAAUUUCAACAGAUUGACAAUUUGCUUGGUUCGGACAAUAAAAUAUCGCCAUUGAAGGCCAAUGACCAAAAGCUAAACCGGUCUCCAUCUAAAACGCCAAACAAGCACAUGUCUGCUGCCUCAAAAAUACCUACUCUUAAAGACAAAGAGAAUGGGGAAGUUAUACAUAACUUGAAAAAGAGGAAACUUGAGUAGAGUAACCAUCAACCCUAAUCUCCUUCUGUAUUUUAUUAAACCAUUGAAGAUAAUCUCACUCUAACCAUUAAUUUUAUGUAUAUUAAUUGUAUAGUAAUGUUGCAUGUCGCAAA